AUGACAUCCUUAAUCUAUGAAUAAUUAUUAGCAGCAUAUACAAAUAAAGAUAAUUAAAUAAGAUCUUAAGCUGAAAAAUCUUUACUAAAUUCUUUGAUGGAAAAUUAUUAGAAUUUUUUAUUUAUUGCUUAAUUAGCUUAAAAAAAAGAUUAAAGUACUUAUUUAUGCUCCAUUAUAGUGUAGGAAUAAGCUGUCAAUUUAUUAAAUUUGGUUGUAAUGAAAAUGAUGAAUAAUAAUACAGGUACUAAAAGAUCAUAUCUAUUAGAUAUAUUUACAAUUUAAUAUAUUAAUUAAUUGAUAUCUGUAAUAACUUCAUAAAAUACACCUUUCAAAUACAAAUAAUCCCUUAUAUAAUCAAUUAGUCUGAUUUUGAGAAGGAAUAAUAGUAAAUUUUUCUAUUAAAUUAGAUCUUAAGGUAGAUUUCGAAAACAAAAUGAAAGAAUACUUGAAUUGUGAAGAUUAGUUGCAAAUAUAAACAGGAAUAUUGUUUUUUUUAAUUUUAGUAGACUCUUUAGAAUUAUAGAACUUUUCAAAUGUUAUGACAAUCAGAUAUGGAUGGAUUACAGAGUAUUUUAAUAAAUUCCUCUAAAUAAUGGCUAUUUUGCAAUAUUAACCAAUAGAUUUAUCGGAUGAAUUUAUUAACACUAUGAAAUAUUUUGCUUAAUCUAUUUAGGAUUUAUGUGAGAAGAUAUAAUAAAAAUCAAAUAAUUAAAGAGAACUAAUUUAACCAAUUUUUAAUAUUCUUUUCUCAUUAAAUUCAUUUUCUGGUUCUUUAAUCUUAUUACUCAAAUAUUCCCCAUAAUUGGGAAAAUAGAUGCAAGAUUCAAUUAUUUUAAAUACUGGUAAUAAGAACUUUGAUGAUAAAAUCAAUGAAAUUAAAAGUUAUGUUCUGAAAACCUAUAUGAUAAUCUUUUAAAUUUUACUUAAUACUCUAAAUGAAUAAAUAAUUAAAAUAAGCUCUUUUAGUCCUUAUUUUUAUACAAUAACUUCACUAUUACUUUAUUCAAUCCUGAUUUAUACAAAUAAUGAACAAAUUAAUGUCAUUCUGAAGUAAUUCUAUUAAAUAUCAUUAGCAAACCAUUUUUAAAAAAUAUUAUAACGUAUAUUCUGAAAUUGUUAGCAAUUUUAGGAUAAUAGACAGAAUAGUAUUAAAUAUUCUAAAAUUCCAAAGUGGCUUUGAUAACAGAUGUUAUUUAUCCUUUUUUAAUAACAACUUCGGAUGAAUAUGUAUAGAUGUAACAAGAACCAGAAGAAUUUGUAAAUUUAGCUCUUGAUACCGUUGAUAAAAAAGAGUCAGAUAUACCUAAAACAGCUGCAGCUCAAUUAUUACAAACUUUAUGUGAACAUAUAGAUGGAUCAACUUUUUUCUUGUCUAAUCUAGCUAUUAUUAUAACAUAACAUGCAAUCAAUAGUUUUAAUUUAAAAUCUAUUCCACUAAAAGAAUAAUAAUAAACUUUUAUUUAAGCGAUUUCAAAUAAGUAUAUACUUUAAUUAUCAUAUAAGGAAAUUAUUUACAGAAUGCAAUGCUGUCGAUAGAAUAGAGUGUAGUUUAAUUGUAUUGACAAUAAUGAGUUCUUUUAUUUAAAAGAGAAUUGACAUAAUAAUUACGUUGGAAUAACUUUUGAUAAAUAAUUUAGACUUUUUCUAAAAUAUUCAAUAGCAGAUAAUUAAAGUGAGAUUUUCCUUAUUUUAUGGAUAUUUUGCUGAUAAUUUGUUUAAAAAAGACAUAUAGGCCUAGAGUAUGCUUGCAUAUUUAUCUAUUCUUAUUAAUUUUGUAUAACUAUUAUAACCAGUUGUUUUGUAUUAAUCAAUAGAUGCAUUAAAUGAUAUAUUUGAAGAUGAUGAAUUGAAAACAAAUAAAAUAGAUUUGGUUAAAGUUAUCUUCCCAUCUUUAUGUAAUGGCUUGAGAUUUAGUGUAUAUGAUAGACAUUUUGAGAUGAUCAUAAAUCUUCUUAAAAGGUAUUCACAGGUAUUUUAGUAAAAUAAUUAAUUGUUAAUUGGGCUGAUGCAAAUUUUAGUUCAAAGAAUAAUUAAAGAAUAAGGAUUAAUUAAUAAAGGAAAUUAAUAAAGAGUAAUUUAUUUAAACAGAUGUUGGAAUAUAAUUAAAUCUUUGGCUAAUCAGAAUGAAUAUACAAAUUUAUUAAUAAUUCUAGAAUAAAGCAUCACUAAACUAUAUUAAAUGUUAGCUAAUUGUUAAAAAAUAGAUUUUUAUGAAGAUCUGAUUAUAUUCAUUUCUAUUUGCAUAUAAAAAUUAUAAUCUGUAUCUACUUUGUAAAUAUAAGUUUUACCUCACUUUAUGAAUAUAAUAUAGAAAUAACAUUGCAGAUUAGGAAAUCUAUAUGAAACUUUAAAUUAUUAUAUUCAUUAUGGUAGAAAUCAUUUUAUAGAUGAAUAAUAUUAGUAAAUAUUUUUCAACUUAGCAUUUUAACAUCUUCAAUCUGAUUUUUACUUUGUAGACAUAGAAUAAGCUGAAGGUGCAUUACUGAUUUAAUUAGGAAUCUAAGAGCUCAAUUAAGAUAUAAAGAAAUUUAUCUUGGAAUCAAUUCUUAAUUAAACUGUAAAAAUCAUAUCAAAGAAGGAACUUAAUAGUCUUCUAAGAUCAAGAAUUACUGGAAUUAUAUUAAGUGCAUUCUACUCAGUUCCUGAAUUAACUUCUUAAUUAUUAUCAGGAAUAUUUUCAGUUGUAUUUAAUUAAGUACUUGAUACUCAAUAUUCUCCAGGUUAUGAUAUUAAAUUGUUUGUAAUUACUAUGUCAUCAUUAAUUAAUAAACAACCUAAUCUAUUAACACCUAAACUAAUAAUAACUAUUAUCAAUAAUUUAUAAUAACAAGAAAAGUUUGAAAAUUAGAUAGAAUUAAAAAAAUUGAAAGGGUAUUCCAUCUAUUAAACUUAGAUCUUUUCAUGAUCAAGAAGAAGAUAAUAAAUAAUACAGUUAUAUUGAUAAAGAUGAAAUCACAAAAACCUUAUAAUAAAUUUAAUAGUUCUUAAGCCCAAUCUUAAAAAUUGAUGAAUAUACUGUUUUUAAAAAUACUUUAUUUGCAAUCAAAUAAACGUAAAAUAUUUUUUAUGCUAAGUUAUUUCAUGGAUUUUGAAUAAUUAAAAUAAGAACUAGACCAAUAAAUUAUUUAUAAAUUGAAUGAGUUAAUGUCUUUUGUGACAAUAAAUACAAAUGAUGGAAUUCAACAUAACAGAAAAGUAAAUGUAUACUUUUUUCUUUUAGAUAAUAAAAGUUUAAAGAAGAAAGAAGAAUAAUUGA